UUAUAGAGACAGUAUCAUUACAACACAAAACGCUCUUUGAUCAGUAGAGGGAAAAAAAAAAAAAUUCAACCUUUGAUUUGAUCAUCAUUACAGUAACCAAAAAGAUGGCUUCAUUGCUAACACUCAUCACCUUCAUCUUUCUCUCCUCACUUUCUCUCUCUUCGCCGACGACAAACACAAUCUCAUCUUCCCCAACAAUCUCUCCCUUUGAAGAACAGAUCUCGCCGGAGAUCGCUCCUCUCCUCCCUUCACCCGCCGUCUCCUCCAGUACUCAAACCAUCCCUUCUUCUUCAACACUUCCCAAACCAGAAAACGACGACGUUUUUGCAGAUCCUGAUCCCGCCUUCGCUCCCUCCGCUUCUCCUCCGGCUUCAUCUCUUGCUACUCUGUCUUCUCAAGCUCCCGGAGUUUUCGUCUACUUUGUCGUCGCCGCCGUCUCUUGUUUCUCGCUCCGGCUUCUUGCCGUUUCACCUAUAUAGGUCAUUCAUAUUUUAGACCACGUACGUCAUUAUUUUCAUGAGCAAAAACUAAUUUCGUAUCUCGAAUAAACCAAUUUAGUUUUAGUUUAAAACAUUUCAUUUUCAAUCUUUUUAAUUUACUAUUUGUAUUUUUUUGUUCUUCAUUUAAUAUUUUGUUACAAUGUUAGAUUGGUUAAGAUGAAUUACGCAAGUAAUAUAUUACGUCAGAAUCACAUAAUUGAUGCAUAAUUAACUUAGGAACUCUGGAUAAAAUAUCUAACCUACCCUUAAGUGAUUCAAUACACUUUGAGGACUUCUACUUUUCGUACUUUUACUUCAUUUGUCAGUUUACUAUACACUUACCUUUAUUUUUUCUUCGCUAGCUAAAGAACCUUUAAAAAAAGUUGAAAUCACGUUUCAAUUAAAGUGGCAUAUGCUUUACAAUAUACUGUUUUUAGUAGUAUAUAUCAAACGUUUAUAGUUGUAAUGUACGUUUAUAUGCAAAUAACACUUGAGUUAUAGACUACUAAUCAAUUUCAACAUAAGUUUAUGUAAAA